UAUUGACGCCAUAUUGGGGCCGGCGGCGGGUGAAGAGUCGUACAGUGGAGGGGGAAGCGGUUGGACGUGUUCGUUGGAGCUCCUGCAGCCGCAGCCACCUCGCCAUCCCUCCACACCGACCACCGCCCGCCAGUUUCUCACUGUGUUGGAAGCGGCGUUCCAACCUCACGCCCCCGUUCUUCCUGGGGCUGGUAUCGACUUCCGAAGGGAGCCGGUCUCCGAGCAGGAGCGCCUCAGGCGCGGCGCAAAGCCGGAGCGGACGGCGGGGGCGGCCCGAGCCUCUCCCUGGGGAGCCGCGCCGGAGGAGGCGGAAGAGCCCCCCCUGACGCGGCUGGCGUGCGCGCCGCCACCGCCCCUCCCGCUCCCGCCCGGGCCGGUCCCGGCCACUGCCCCUGCCGCGGAGGCAGCGGCGGCGGCGGCAGUGCGGUCCCCAGCGGGCGCUCCGAGACCCGCCGGCUCCGCCUGAGCCCCGUCGGUUGGGCGCCCCGCGAGUGCCCGCUCUUCCCCCUUUCCUUCCGACCCCACCCGAGCGCCUCGGCUGUCCCCGGCCAUGGCGUGCGGAGCCACUCUGAAAAGGACUCUGGAUUUCGACCCGCUGCUGAGCCCGGCGUCCCCGAAGCGGAGGCGAUGUGCGCCAUUGUCGGCGCCCACCUCGGCCGCCGCCUCCCCGUCGGCGGCCGCCGCGGCCACCGCCGCCUCCUUCUCGGCCGCGGCCGCCUCGCCGCAGAAGUAUCUCCGGAUGGAACCGUCCCCGUUCGGCGACGUCUCCUCUCGCCUCACCACAGAACAAAUUCUGUACAACAUAAAACAAGAAUAUAAGCGCAUGCAAAAGAGAAGACAUUUAGAAACUAGUUUCCAACAGACAGAUCCAGGUUGUAGUUCUGAUGCACAGCCACAUGCAUUUCUCCUCAGUGGACCAGCUUCACCAGGAACUGCAUCUGCAACAUCCUCACCAUUAAAAAAAGAACAGCCCUUAUUUACUUUACGGCAGGUUGGGAUGAUCUGUGAACGUUUGUUGAAAGAACGUGAAGAGAAAAUUCGAGAAGAGUAUGAAGAAAUACUGAACACAAAACUUGCUGAACAAUAUGAUGCAUUUGUGAAGUUCACGCAUGAUCAGAUAAUGCGACGAUAUGGAGAACAGCCUGCUAGUUAUGUUUCAUGAAUCACGUUACCUGCAUUUGUGGGCUGCCUUGUUCCCUGUUGAGUUGUUGCAGGAGGUCCUAAUUAUGAGAUGCAGCAAUGCCAAUAUACCCCUCUGUGAAUACAGGUUAUUUCAAGCUUUUGUCAGUGGCAACCACUCUUAGGCAGCAGCAACUGGUUUUGGAAAUUUCCCUGAUGUCAUUACCACCUGGAUGUGGACCUUUGCUACCUGUAUUAAUAACAGUGGCCUCAUUUUGCUGUAUCAUUACAAUUUGGCUUCUUAUAUUAAUGUGUUUGAAAAGGAUUAAAGCUGGUAUUCUAGAACAUGUUCUUCACUGGUUGUGUAAAUAAAACUGUAGAAUGACACUUGAUGAAGUUAGUGUGACUUUAAUUGUGCACUACAACCAAGCCUGUAACCAGUUAUUAAUUUAGAAUGUAAUUCCAGGACAAUAUUAAGCAAAUAGCCUACAGUGCUUCCUACGAAAUAGUGAAGGAGGGCAUUUCUGUAUUCCAGGACUUUUUGGGGUUUCAGAAUGGGUUUAUAUGAUUUUCUUUUUUUGGUAGUUUUAUUUAUUCUAUCAGUCUUUUUAACAAAUGUUUAUUGCUGCAUUUUUUUCCCCAAAGUGUAUCAUUGUUUUACUGUACUGGAAUUUAGUUGGAAGAAUAAAACAUUUACUUAUGUUCUGCUUGUUUUUUAAAUGUACAGAAGGGGUAGUAUUUGAAUAAAGCCAGUGUUUUAAA